AUGUUAGCCAACCACCUAGCUGGCUCUAGAAAAGAAGAGGACUGGGAAGGUGUACAUGGGAGCGAACUGAUCUUUGCCUUAGAUGAUGAGGAAGAAGUCGCUCCUGACUUAGCAGAAAACUUUUCUCUGUGUGAAGAGACCAGGGAACAGGAAGUCCACCAAGGAGGGGCCACUCUCCAGGCGCCAGCCCUUCUCCCGCCCUCGCCUGAAACAGGUCUCUUGCCUCCUCUCCCCCUCUCCACCACACCCAGGUUCCCACCUCAGAAGUCGUCUGGACUUGUCAGCCCUCAAGGCCCCAAGCCACUAAUCAACCUAGUGAAGUCCCUCUCAACGGAAAUUGAGGCGCGCGACAGCUCUUCUCUCAAGCCCCAGCCUUUGUUAAGCUUGGUCAAAUCCAUUUCCACUGAGAUUUCUCGCCUGGAGCCUGAGGUGACACAGUCAAAAUCUGACUCCAAGCUCAACGUCCACCGGUGGCGGCAAAUCACCCACCCAAAGAGCAAAAAUGGGGAUUCCAGGACGGCUCCCUCCUCUCCCAACAUUUCCCCUUCGGAGAGCAAGGGCAGCUUCUUCAAGGCUCAGGAAGCCAAGUUUGAGGACACCAAAAGACGGUUUUCAGAAGCCAUGCAGGAACCCCUUAGCAGGCUCAGCAAAAUCAUGGGGGAUGAGAAUAACAUUUCGCCAAAACACAAAGCACCCCUUUCUGGCAACCUCGCCCAUGAUUCCCCUUCCAGCCACAGCAAGGAGUCCACCAUCUUGGAGUCCAAGACCGAGUGCCCCAAUCAUGAAACGGACCCGCAUGGAGCCAUUUCAGGCCGGCCAUCUAGGAGGGCGCAAGCGGAAGAUUCUGUCCCCACGGAGCAGCAGUGGGGGCCCUGCUUGAACUGCCGGUAUGAAAUUUGCUCCUACGGGGACGUCAUCCAAGUGGUGGAGGUGGCUCAGGAGAAGAGUGGUGGCACACAGGAAGUGCGGACACUCCAGCCUCUGGAUGCCCUCCGUCCCGCCAAGCCUUGUAGCCGAGUGCCAUGUAAAGUGCUUGCCUGCAUCGCCAUCUUGGCCUACAACUACUUUGUACUGCCUUUGCCCCCGUACGUCUCAGGCCUCUGCCUUGGCUUGGCAUGUGGGUUCAUGUUGGGCUUACUGAUUAUUCUGCUACUGGUGCCAAAGCGGUCCCUGUCUCCACCGAAAAUGCAGACACCUCGGGACAAGUUGCCAUCAGAGCAGCAGCUGCGGGAACCCAACAUGCUCAAGCAGGGGUGGAUGAAUGAAAUGUAUUUCUACGAUCCGGAGCUUUACCACCCAUCUCUUACCCAUUCUGUGUUUGUGACCUUGGAGGACUCCAGCAUGAAGCUCUCCUACCCCAAGAACAACAUCCCCCGGCGGGCCACCUUUGAGGAAGAGGUCUUGGACGUGGCUUUUGUGAAUCACCGACAUUAUGACAUGAGCGGUGCAAAGGUCUUCCUGUUCCCACAUGGGCUGGCCCGGAAGAGGAUGUGGAACAAGAAAUACCCCAUCUGCAUUCUCUUCCCAGACCAAGUCGACCUGAGUAGCAAAGGGUCCAGUGAACAAGACGUGGACAUUCCAAGAGAAAAGAGUGCAAAGAAGAGUCAGGCACCAAGCCAGGAGAACCCUCUGAAGCACCUGCCUGAGUUGCAGGAAAGGACUCUUUACCUUUUUGGCAGAACAGGAAGAGAUAAAGAGGAAUGGUUUCAACACCUGGCGAUGGCCUCCCGGGCAGAAAGUGGCGAGCCACACAACAUGAAUCAAGGUUUAAACCAGCUCAGCCCACCUGCAAAGGGAACGAACAGCAAAGGCAGCAGCAGGGGCAGCACGGAAGACCUCCUUUCCGUGGUCAAACCCAAGGACCUUGUUGCCAACAUCCGAGAGAAGCUGCUCUUGGAUUACAACACGUACAUGUCCCAAAUAGUCCCUGUGGCGAAUGGCUCCAGCCCAUCCGAGAGUCCUUGCCCCAGUGCAGCAGGAAGCCCAACUCCAAAAAAGGUCCUUGGGGAUGCGAACGUCACCAGUGAAACUCACACGGCGUGGGUCAAUGCGGUGCUUCGGCGAAUGUUUUGGGAUUUCCUACGGGAAAAAUAUUGGGCAGACCUAGUUUCAAACAAGAUUCAGAAGAAAUUGGGCAGAAUCAAGUUGCCGUACUUCAUGAACGAGCUCACGCUCACUGAAUUGGACAUGGGAACUUGUAUCCCGCACGUACUCAGUGCUUCCAGCCCAACGGUUGAUAACCGAGGGCUUUGGGUGGACAUGGAAGUGACCUACAACGGAUCCUUGCAGAUGACCCUGGAGACAAAAAUGAACUUGUACAAAUUAGGCAAAGAAACCUUGGGAGAGGAGAACGGGAAGGCAGACCAUGGCACGGAAGGUGUGAAGCCCCACUUGGUCUUGCUGGCUGACAGCGACGCAGAGUCCUCCAGCGCCGGCUCCUCUGAUGAGGAAGACCUCCCUGCCAUGGAGCCUUCGGGGAUCUCAGGGGAAAGGAACCCCCUUCCUGGGGCUGAAGGCCACGUCAGCGGCAACAGCACCAGUCGGAAGAUCUUGCGCUUCGUGGACAAGAUUGCCAAGUCUAAAUAUUUCCAGAAGGCCACCGAGAAUGAGUUUAUCAAGAAGAAGAUCGAGGAAGUCUCCAACACACCCUUGCUGUUGACUGUGGAGGUCCAAGAACUGACGGGCACCUUGACUGUGAACAUCCCUCCGCCCCCGACAGAUCGGGUCUGGUACAGCUUCCGGACCCCUCCGCAGCUAGAUCUGAAGGUCCGCCCAAAGCUAGGAGAACGGGAGGUCACCUUCAUUCACGUCACCGAAUGGAUUGAGAAGAAGCUCCAGCACGAAUUCCAGAAAAUUCUAGUGAUGCCAAAUAUGGAUGACCUCAUCUUACCCCUCAUGCAUUCUGGCUUGGAAUCCCAACUCCCCCCAGAGGGACUCCGGAAGGAUUUCCCAGGAGAGGGCGUAAAGAAAUGUUGAGGACUGGUGACUUGGCCAGCUCAAGACACUCAAUGGAUUUCACCCAAAUCCUUUGCCAGCGAGGGACCCUG